AAUGUGUAAGCAAUAUCAAGACUGUCCUUCAAUAAUCAACCACACUGCUCAACCACUCUUCUGCUGUGAGCCAUUUUAGAAGAAUUCUAACAAUGAAGAUAACUACAGCCUUUGUGCUCCUCAUCCAAACAGUACAAUGUUUGGCCUCUGAUGAUUCGUCAUUCCAACUAACUAACAAGGAGACUGGUUACUGUUUGGUUAAAACAAAUAACGACUGCAAUGACAUACGCUGGACGACUGGUGACCGAAUUCUGGUUCCACAGAGGAAUAAAUGCCUGGGAGCCCAGGGGAAAAGUGUGGGAAGUGAAAUCAGCCUCUAUGAUUGUGACGAGAACAGCGAACUCCAAAAGUGGGAAUGCAGGAAUGAAACAGUGCUCGCCCUCAAAGACCAAGAGCUUUACAUUGAGCUGACUGCAGAUAACACAGCAGUUCUCUCCAAAACAGUAGGAGCCAAUAACAACCUCACAAUCACAGGGACGUCCAGUGGUGCUUGCAUCAGAACACACAGAGAACUUUAUGCCAUUGGUGGAAAUGCAGCAGGAAUGCCGUGUAUGUUUCCCUUCCAGUACCAUGACCAGUGGUAUUCAGACUGCACUACCGUCGACUCCUCAGAAAAGAAGCUUUGGUGUGCUGUUGAAACAUCAUAUCAAACUGAACGCUGGGGAUACUGCCCGGUUACUUCAAAAGGUGGCUGGCAUGAACACCCAACAACAGGGGCGUACUACCAGCUCAACACACAAUCAGCUCUGACUUGGCGACAGGCUGAAACCAGCUGCAAACAGCAGGGUGCCUCCCUGCUCAGUAUCACCGAUCCUCAUGAGCAGGCUUAUGUCACAGCACUACUAGGAACAGCAGGCACUAAGCUUUGGACUGGGCUGAUUCUGGAUCCAGAACAUGGCUGGAAAUGGUUAGAUGGAAGACCUUACCGCUAUCUGAAAUGGGACUCAGGACAUCCACUUCCUGAUCCAGGACACAACUGUGCGUUUUUUGAGCCUGUUGUACAUUACUCCUGGCAAAGUUCACCUUGUAGCAAGAAACUCGGAUACAUCUGUUAUAGUAAAGCGGCCGAGCAAUUGCCUACACAAGCUGUCAGAGGAUUCUGUUCAGCAUCUUGGAUUCCCUACAAUGGCCACUGCUUCCGCCUCGACAGGACUCAUAAAACAUGGUCUGAUGCUCAGAGAGAGUGUCGAAACAGAGGGGGAAACCUGGUAAGCAUCCGUGAUGUGGAGGACCAAAGCUUUGUCAUCUCUCAACUUGGAUACAAAUCCACAGAUGAGCUUUGGAUUGGACUGAACGACAGGAAGACAGAAGGGCUGUUUGACUGGAUCGACCACUCUACAGUCAGCUUCACCAGCUGGGAAUUUGGGAAACCUGCUACAUCCACUGAAAUAAAGGACUGCGUUCUUAUCAGGGGAGAGAAUGGGAACUGGGCUGACCAUGUGUGUGAAGAAAAACAUGGCUUCAUUUGUAUGAAGAUGAGUGCCUCAGAAUCUACUGGAGAUGAAGUGGUGCAGGAUGAAGGCUGCAAAACUGGUUGGAGAAGACAUGGCUCGUACUGCUACUUCAUAGGGACAGAAGCCCUAACUUAUUCUGCCGCUAGAGCUGACUGCACGAGAUCAGGUUCCUACUUAGCUGAUGUUUCAAAUGGGGUGGAUAAUGCAUUCCUUGUCAGCUUGGUGGGGAUGAAACCAGAAAAACACUUCUGGAUAGGCCUCUCAAACUACAGAAGCGGUGGUAGAUUUGUGUGGACCAACAAGGACACAGUGAGAUAUACACACUGGAACACUGAAAUGCCAGGUAGCAGACAGGGCUGUGUCGCCAUGAUAACUGGGCUUAUUGCUGGCCACUGGGAUGUGCUGCCCUGCACCAACCAAGAGAAAUACAUCUGCAAACACCUGGCAGAAGGAGCAGCUAUAACCCCUACACCACCCCUCGCUACAGUUGAGUGUGCUGCCGGCUGGAUAAAGAUGACAUCAAGAAACUAUUGCCUUAAGAAAUUCCCAGGCAUGGGUUCAUCCAGGAGGACCUGGUUUGAGGCCAGAGAUUACUGCAGGACCAUUGGAGGAGACCUGGCCAGCUUCCAUAGUGUUGCUGACCUUAAAGUUCUAAAGGGCUACUACACACUCUGGAUUGGAUUUAGUGCCCCUGACCCUGUCACUGGUUAUGUAUGGAGCGAUGGAUCUCCAGUGCAGUUCACACACUGGCAACCAGGACAGCCAGACAAUAAGAACAACGUAGAAUCUUGUGCUGUAUACAGUCCAUAUAUGGCGUAUGGCAGUGGGUCUUGGAGCGAUGUGCACUGUGAAAUGCCUAAUGAAUGGAUCUGCCAGAUCCCUGCAGGAAUAGCUCCACAACCGACUCCAGGCCCUGUCACUCCUGACUGGAAUGAGACAUCAGAUGGGUGGCUAGAAUGGAAUGGGAAUCAGUAUUAUUUUUCAAGAGUAUCAAUGGCCAUGGAACAAGCUCGUCGCUCCUGUCAAAACAUGCAUGGUGACUUGGUAACAAUCAACAGUGAAGCUGAAAGUGUCUUCUUAUGGAAACAGCUAUACAGACGACAAGGGGGUUUCUGGAUAGGUCUGACUGUAGAUCUUGAUGAAACAUAUGGGUGGAUGGAUGGUUCACCGGUGGUGUUUCAAAGAUGGGAUGAAGGUCAACCUCAAUUCAAGAACAAUGAUGAGAAUUGUGCUGAAAUGACCCCGUUUAAGGGGUUCUGGAUGAAUUAUAAUUGUGGGUUUGAACACUAUUAUAUUUGUAAACGAAGUGGCACACCACUUGCAAAUGCUACUGUAGUACCAACAGUUUCCCCCAAGGGUGGAUGUCCACAAAACUGGAAAAAAUUUGAGUCAAAGUGUUAUAACAUCAUUAAUAACCAGAAUGAGACAUGGGAAGGAGCGAGGAAACAAUGCAAAAGAAUGGAAGGGAAUCUGGCAUCAAUUUCCUCAAAUACUGUACAAGGAUUUUUAACUGUUGCAAUGGCAAAGGCACCAACCACAGACCUGUGGAUUGGUAUGAAUAGCAGGAAUGACAGACGAUUUUACUGGACUGAUGGGAAACCAACACAAUACAACAACUGGGGGUUUACACACCACCUGCAGCAGGACCGCUAUAUAGGGCAUCACCGUUUUCAGGACUAUGACAGACCAUUCAUGACUCAAAAGAAAGAGUGUGCUGCCAUGACUACGGAUCCCAACAUAGGUAUUGGGAAAUGGACAAAAAGGUCCUGCAAUGACACCAUUGGAUUUGUUUGUGGUCGAAAUGUUGACCCUUCUCUCCCAGACACUCCUGAACCGACAACUUAUACCGACUAUGUCAGAAUACUUAAUGACUCCAUCAAGGUUGUUACUCUACCAAUGACCUGGAAAGCAGCCAAGGCGCACUGUCAAGGUGAUGGUGCCCAACUGGCUAGCGUGCGAAAUGGGUGGUCACAGGCCUAUAUCGAGCUGAUGGCUAUGAAUCUCAGAGCUCCUCUGUGGAUUGGACUGAACAAGGCGGAGACUGGAGGAUAUUUCAGAUAUAUUGAAGGCUGGCGUAUCACCAUAACCAGCUGGCAUUAUAAUGAACCAAGAAUGGACCAACCCUGUGUGUAUGUGGAUGUGGAUGGAAAAUGGAAGACUGCUGAUUGCAAUCGGAAAAUGAAGAGCAUUUGCAUGAAGACAACAGAUGUGCCACCAACAGAGUCAAGCGAUUUCCCAGGAUUUUGCCCUGAUGACCCAGAUAUAUUCACCUUGAGAGGCCAGACAGUCAGCUGGCUCCCUUUUAGGGGUUAUUGUUACCUCUUUCUCAAAAGAAAUGUUGAUUGGCCAUCGGCAUCAGCCGAGUGUGCAAGAGAAGGUGGAACUCUUGCCAGCAUUGUAGAUCCAGACGAGCAAGAGUUCAUUCACAGCAAUAUCCAAAUGUUCCGAGACAGCGUAUCCGCAUUCUGGAUUGGCUUGUACAAAACUCGCAAAGGCAUGUGGCUGUGGUUAGACAGAACAGCCAUGGACUACGCUAACUGGGGUUUGGGCGAAACUUUUCGCAACAGAUAUGGUGCAAUUAGAGCUGGAGAUGGAAAAUGGGCCACAGCCAUGGAUUACCGCAGAGGAUAUAUAUGCAAAAUCCCCAAAGUAUUAAGACAAGCACCAACAACAGCUGUAAGCCCUAAGGUGGAUCCUCCAACCCAUGGCCACGUGAUUUUGACAGUUGGGCUGGUUGUUAUUGCGACUGUCAUUGUGACUGUCGUUGUCCUAAUUCUCUUCAAGAAGUCUGGUCGCCCCCUCCCAAUGCCUAAAAAGUUCACGACCUUCGACAACCCGCUCUUCUUCAACAACAAGCGAUUCAGGUCUAAUGUGGCCGACAAUAAUAAACUGGUAGUAAAUGAAGUGGAAGAGAACCCUGAGCCUGUUGCAACUGUGUGAUUUAAAGAUGGAAGACUGCUGUGAUUAGCAUUUUUUAUGACCAAAAAUGUCAUGAUUUGUUUCAAAAUGAGAGUUUUCAUUCAGUUGUAUUUAUUUGUAAUCAUUUAAAAUUGUGUUUAAUUAUUUAGCACUGAUCAAAGAAUUCACUGAUUGAUUGAAUGUCUAUGGGAAUAUUAUUUCAUACUUUAUCUUAAUGUAAUCUGUUUCCCCCAGAAAAUUUGCUACACCUGGUGGUAGGUUGGAAGGGCGGCCCACUAGCAGCGAAACAUGUUUUUUUUGUGACAGUUGCCUGACACAGGCCAGCAACUGACUGAUGGCAGUGCCCUAUAGGUAAAAGAUUCAUGAUGUAGUAGAAUUUAGAGUGGUUUCAUACUGCCUUGCAUUAAAUCAGUGUUAAAAUUUGACUGGAAAUUUGAAAAAAAUACUGUAAUAAUCAAUUUAAUCAUGUGCUAUUAUUAGACAUUUAUUGACAAUAUUUAAGCACCAACAAUAGUCUCACAAAAGCACCACUCUUGAAGUACUGUUCAGCACCAAUGUUUUGAUACAAAAACUACAAUAAAAAUAAAUACAUGUUUGCAUUUA